AUGAGAGUGAGUUUGUCCCAGACAGCAAUUGAGUUAGUUAGAAGACAACGCCAGAGUUUGAAGUAGAGUUUUAGAGUUGGCUGUGAUGUGGCCUAGGGGCGAAGAGAUGACAGGCUGUAAAAGGUGGAGAGGAAGAGCACAGUGUUUGCUUUUCUGCUGGAAUCCAGGGCUGCAGCUAUGGGAGAAAUAAUACCUUUUCGGGUGUUGAUGCCGUGAACCCCUUCAUCAUAGCUAAGGUUGUAUAUAUGUGUAAAUAAACUAUAUAUCCUAAAGACUCCACAUUCCCUGCUGUGCUUCAUUCCCAAAAGGAAACAUGAACACUGGGUGAAUGCCAGAAACUCCCCCAGGAAUCUCACACUACUCAGAAAUUGGGAUUGUGCAACUAUAUGUUAAUCUCUACAUUACUCAGGCAACAUUGUAGAUUUCUCCCUUUUAUGAACACAAAAUAUCAAACUUAAGAGGUAGAAGUGCAAUUUUAAAUGAUAAUGUUCCCAUUAAAACUAGGGCUACAAUGUUUCAUUAGUUAUUAAUCAGGUAGCUGAUUUAAAAAAACCCUACAAAUACAAAUUUAUUUCCUACAGAAAUCAAUGGCUCUUCUAUGAUUUUUGCUCUCAGGCAGGCAGAUGUGUCUACCAUUUUAAAGCAAAAUGAGGCUUUUGACUUCAGAACUAUUGCUUUUACUUGUAUGAAAUGUAAUCAACCAACAAAAUACAACUUCAAAGUCCCUUACUUCCAAGUAGACACUGUUAGGCUUUCAGCCUGAUGGUUCAGUCCUAUACAUAUCUACUCAGAAGUACACCUUAUUGAGUUCAGUGGAGCUUACUCCCAGGUACAUGUGCAUAGGAUUACACUUACCUGGGAGUAAGCCCCAUUUAACUCAGUGGUACUUAUUUCUGCACAGACAUGCACACAAUUGCACAGUACAGUUUCUUUAAUCAAGUGACACCCCUGGAGAAACCAUAUAGUUUCUUUAUGAGUAAGAUCUGCCUCUGGUUUUUAGUAAUAAUAUUAGCGGAACUCUACUUAUAUAUUUGGCAUUGUAAGGAGCACAAGCUAGAAAAAACACACACAAAAUAGUGGAAAUCAAGCCUUCAUUGUUGAUGCUACACGUCACUGGAUUAAUAAAACUUUUUUCCCCUGGCAGGACUGCAUGCCUUGGAUGUCUGUUAAUGGAAAAAAAAUCAGCUGAAAUUUUUGCCUGUCAAGAGCCUUGUUAGAAAAACAAAAUUGGCAGCCCUACUGCAUUACAGCAAAUGUCAUCAAAUGUGAUGUUUCUGCUAGGAAGCUAACUAUGCAUUUUAAAAAGAGAGAGCCUGAGAUGGAUAAAUAUUUGCCAGAAUGAAAAUCACAGUGCCACAUUCCUUGCAAUUCAUUGUUCCCAUUUAAGUUCAUGAUCACAGGCCUCAUGUAAUUAUUCUCACAAAAGAAAUACAGGGCAAAUAACUGUAUCCAGACUGCAUUUCCUUUGGUUUAUAUUAGCAAAUUGAUUGCCUGUGUGCAUGACUAAUUUUGAUUAAAGUUGCUUCAUCUGAAUACCAAAUCGGAGGCCUUCACUUUCAUUAAUCUGUGCAUUUAGAUAGCACUAUUGGAUUGAUAUAUUUUUAUUUAAAAUUCUAAGAAAGCAUGUGAAUAUCAGUGUAGUAAAUUUUAAUACUGGAUAAAAAGGCAACAGAAAUAUGAAGUAAUCCAUUGCAGUUUUGUAAGAGUUUGAGGUGCCAACUGACCAGAAGCCUGCUCCCAUGUUAUGACCUGAGUAAGAUUAUAAAUUGAUUAAAAACAACAACCUAAUAGCAGUUUAAAAAAACAACAACCCACAGCUGAAUGUUUUCAGACUAUAAUAAAAUGGGCGAAGUUUGGCUAUAUUUCCCCCUGCUAUGUUUAGGCAUAUGUUCUAUCAUAAAACAAGACAACAAUAUGCGCUAAAAUUACCGUAUUUUUCGCUCUAUAACACGCACCCGACCAUAACACGCACGUAGUUUUUAGAGGAGGAAAACAAGAAAAAAAAUAUUCUAAACGAAACAGUGGAUGUAUGAUUUUUGUGGUUCAUGCUGUGGCCACAAACAUGUGAUCUGACGGUGAGUUUGGGGUAGCCCAAUGCAAAAAUCCUGAGGAUCCAUGUGGCUCCGUGCUUUGUAACCACGUUUUCAGUGGGGAGGGAAGGAAAAGCACUCAAGGGACAAGGAACACGCGUGGGGUGGGUGGAGAAGGAUGCUGUUAAUAAUGCAGAAGAGGGGUAUAAGAGGAGAAGCAAGCAGACUCAGCUUCUCUCCCUCCUCCCCGGCUCGCUGAAAAACUUUGCUGCUAUUUAGCCAGCUGAGUGGGGAGGAGAGAGGGACAGAGAGCCUGCUUGCUUUAAAGGAGCCAACCUCUCCUCUCCCGCUUUGCUCCUUUAAAGCAAGCAGGCUCUCUGUCCCUCUCUCCUCCCCACUCAGCGGCUCUUCUCCCGCUUUGCUGUUUCAAAGGGAGCCACGGAGGAGGGAAGGACGGGGAACCAUGGAUCCUCUGCUCACGACUGCAGCAGAUCCCCCCAGGCAGUCCCUCCAUAACACGCUCAGACAUUUCCCCUUACUUUCUAGGAGGAAAAAAGUGAGUGGUGCAAAAAAUACGGUAAUUGUAGCUUUAAAAGGUAACAGAAGAGUUAUACUUUUCUCAGUAUUGGACUGUUAUGAUCUAAUUUUUGUGUGCAUGGGUUGAAUGUAGGGGCAGAGGCCUCAAACAUUUUCCUCUGUGAAUAUGUGUAGGCCGAGGCGGAGUCAUUACUUGGAAUCGGAUACUGUUUAGGAACAUCAUGUGCACCUCCCAAGAGUGAGACGCAAGUAAGUUAUUAUGUUGUCUCUUAUUUCUGACAUUUAGACUUUGUUUCAUCAGUUUAGGCUUACGUAGCCAAAAUGACAGCACACACACACACAAGAGGGAGAUAUCAGUAGGUGUGGAGGGGGACUCAAGUUUUGCAGAAGUAAAAAAAAACACCUUUCAGGGUUUCCUCCCCCGCAAUUAGAACUGAGCCUAUGGAAUUCAUAUGGCCUGUUUGGGGUGUGCGGAAUGGAAAACCACAUAGGAGGGCAAUGUAAUGAAGUAACAGGAAUCCUGAACUGAAGCAUACCACACUGCAAUAUAUUAGGGUCGCCAUGUUUCAAAAAGUAAAAUUAUUGAGCCUUUUGGGGAAGAUCUCCUCCCAUAACAGCUUUCACUGCUGUUUCCGCUGCUUUUCCAUCACAUUCCCAUACAUCCAAGUUUCCCCAGACAUUUUGCCGAUUUGCUAAAAUUCCCCCCAAUGCCAUUUUUACACCAAAAACCAGGACAUGUCAGGAAUUUUCCUGACGUAUGACAAGCCACACACUGUAUAGUUAUAGUAGAACCCACUUGUAAUUACAAUGGUACCUCGGGUUACAGACGCUUCAGGUUACAGACUCCGCUAACCCAGAAAUAGUACCUCGGGUUAAGAACUUUGCUUCAGGAUGAGAACAGAAAUCACGUGGCGGCAGCAGGAGGCCACAUUAGCUAAAGUGGUAUCUCAGGUUAAGAACUGUCUCAGGUUAAGAACGGACCUCCAGAACGAAUUAAGUUCUUAACCCGAGGCACCACUGUACUUACUUGCAAAUUCCACUGUGCUGUAUCUUUGUAUCGAUUUUAAAGUCUGAUCAUUUGUAUUUGUAAUACUAAAAUAAGAUAUGCUAAAAUUUAAAUUAUUCACAUUAUACUUAUUGUUCAUGUGUAAAUUAGAUACAGUAAGAGUGGGUUGAUAAGCAAACUGAAGUUUGCUGCCAAAUUCGGCAGCAAGUAAGCUGAGUUUAGUAGAGAUUGAGAGUGAAUAUACCAGUUGUGUCCCAGUGAAUAUACUAGCAGUAAGGUUAUUAUACAUUCAAUUUCUUAUCACUUUAUCUUGGCCAGGGCAAUACAAAGAGACCUGCCAACCAACAAAUAAACUAACAGACAGACAACCGCCUCCCCAUAUAUACAUUAAAACCAAGAGCAAAAAGAAACACAGCAAGCCCACAACUUGCAAGUCCAUUUAACUUGGGUGCAUUCAGCUUCAUGCACUUGGCAAAUAAAAAAUAAAAUAAAAAGAAAGGGGACAAAAAGCAGGAAAAAGACUUUGGCCAUUGAAUCCAAUGUGUUUUAAUUAUAUGCGAUUUUGGCUUUAGGUGUGAGUCCCAUAACCCCCACGUAAAUUGCGGGAUUGAGACACUCUCUUAUUACAGAAGCUUGAUGGAAUUAAUGACCUUUUAGACCUUACAACUGAUUUGUCCAGUUGCACAGUCAUUGAGGGGGAUGGAAUUACUCAGGAUUCCUUUUCUUUGCAAGGCCCCAUGGGGCAGGCUGCUAACUUGCAGCACUUCAACUGACUGUAGUAGUUUCACUAUUAGAGUUGUGGUUACUUAACAAUUAAUCACCUAGCAAAUAUUCACAAGUAUGGCUGAAUAUUGAACAACAGCUGUCAUUUUCAUCUUAAGUUAAAUCUUUUUCAAACUUAUGUAAAAACCCCCCACAAACCUUUCCGAUCUUUCAAUGCACUUACAGCACAAGACUUUACUCGCCUCUACUGAUUAGAUAUGUAUAGACUGACUCAACAAGCAUAUUGAGGGAUCAGUGUUUUUCUGUACUAUUUAAAUGAAUACAGUGGUACCUUAGGUUAAGUACCAUACUUAAUUUGUUCCUGAGGUCCGUUCUUAACCUGAAGCACCACUUUAGCUAAUGGGGCCGCCUGCUGCUGCCACGCCACCGGAGCACGAUUUCUGUUCUCAUCCUGAAGCAAAGUUCUUAACCCGAGGUAAUAUUUCUGGGUUAGAGGAGUCUGUAACCUGAAGCGUAUGUAACCCAAGGUACCACUGUAUAUGGAUGGAGGGAGAUAUAUGUUCAAUGGGACUCACUGUAUGCACUUGGACAGGACUGCAGCCUUAAUUGGAACGAAGUCUCAUUGAAAUCAUUUAGAUUUAGUUGCAGCUAAUGUUGCAAUCCUAAAAUAAAUUAUCUUGCAGUUAGUUAGAAGUCUAGAGGUGGAUUUAGUGGAGCGCUACUGAUUCAGUGGCACUGGGCAUGGAGCCUCAGGGCCGCUAAAGGGGUCCUGCAACUAUGAUGCAGUAUGGAAGGCAAGAGGCAGUGUUUGUGUGUGUGCCAAAUUUUGGCAUUGCACAGGGUGCCACUGAAAUUUGAGGCCCCAAGAUCUGCAACUGCUAAGUCCCACUCAGCACAACAAAAACUUAUUUCUGAGUAACCAUGCAAUGGGAUGGGCUGAAUACCCAUUCAAAGGGGCUUUACUCCCAGGCCAGUCAGGUUAGACUGGAAGUUGUUACAUGGAAGGUGUCAUGGGCUUUGAAGACACUCGAACUCAGGACGCAAGGGAGAAAUGUGCCAAGAAGAAGGCACGCUUGGCAAAUCCACACCGUGAUCAACUCCUGCCCGGAAACCAAUGUCCCCACUGUGGAAGGAUGUGUGGAUCCAGAAUUACCUGUAGCCUCCACAGUCACUUCGAGACUCAUUGUUAAAACCGUGUUUAUGGAAGACAAUCUUACUCAGCUACGAGUGAACGCCAAAGAAGAAGAAAUGGAAUGUAGAAAUGCUUACUUCUGAUUAAACAUGCACAAGGUCAGGCUGCUGAAAAGGUGGCAUAUAGGUUUUAAUUAUUAUUUUGUUUGCAUCCCUGUUUCAAGAGACAAGGAAGUGCAUCUCCAGGCUGCAGUGCCUUGUUUUUGCCUCUUUGUUUUUUGGGUUUUAACCCUUUAUUGUAAACCGCCCAGAGAACUUAAGACAAUUGUACAGUUUAGAAGCAUAACUUCUGGUGAAUAGGCCAACUUAUGUGUUUCCAGCUUAUCUAUUGGGUGGACAAGAUAAAAAUGCAGUUGUGAGGACCUUCCCUAAGAAAGAAUGCUGUGUCUUCCUAGGGAAGGGUCGGAAUCUUCAGUUUGUUUUUAUGCGCUUUUAUUAUUCAGUUUUGCAUGGAUUCCUUCCCUUUCUAACGUUUUGCCUUUUAACCUCUGUUUAAGAGAGGACCCGUUCCUCGCUCUCUCCUACGUGUUCGCAUUUUUAUUUAGCUAGUUUCUUCCGCGAGCUCGUCUGGGCCUCGGACUGGCGGCCCUUACUCUGCCCUGGACUCUUCGCGAGGCCAAACUUUGCUUUUCGCCCCACGACAGACAGUUGAGGGCCGCUCCUGCCGAACUUGUCCGCGGCCCUUGGCGGCCUCUGCGCGCCUUCGCCUCCGGCCGGUGAACGCGGCCCUCCUGCGGCCCAGGCCGGGCCCUGCGGCGGCCUCCCUUCUGGCGGAUCCUUUCCCCUCAGAACGAGCCGCUCGGCGCUGGCUCGGGCCUACCCUCUUCCCGCUGCCUUUCGCCUUUCGGGAGGAAGGGGGCGAGAGAGAGGCCUCCGCCGCCGCCUGGGCAGGUGCUGGGCAGCUCCCGCCCUCCGGCCUGAAGGAAGCCGAGGCUCCUCAGAGGCGUUUCUGGGAAGGGCCCCGCCGGGGCAACGAGAGGACGCGGGGGCAACCGAGCCGGCCGCCGGCCAUGUAAACAAGCGCAGCCCUCGCUGCGGGGCUCAGGCAGGCAGGCAACCUGCGUGCGCGGCGGAAGGCAGGCGGGCUCGCUCUCCCCUUGGCGGCCUCAGUAAGUAGAGCGAGGAACCCGGGAGGAGGAGGAGGAGGAGGGCAGCGUGCAUGUGUGGAUGCGUGGACGCGUGUGUGCUCGUCGCCCCGCUCCGACGUUCUCUCUGGCGGCGACUUCCUCCUCCUCCUCCUCCUCCUCCUCCAUAAAGUCGUACCUGCCGCUCAUCCAGCUCCUCACCUGGAGGAGGAAAAGCGGCAGGCAAAACUCUCCGCCUAACUUUGGGGGAGUUGGGUCUCUCCGUCUCGCGGCAGGGAGAAAACUUUGCUAGAAAGUUGGAUGAUGGGUUGGGCCUCUCGCUAGUCUCGUGUUAAAAAUUACUGUAGUUUCCUUCUGGUGCGCUGCUGCUGCUGUAAUAGGGAAUUCGGGGGGAAAUAAUAAUAAUAAUAAAAAUGGAUGUUCUAAAAAUUAAGGUAUUGUGUCAAAAAGACACACACACACACGGAGGUUUUGGUAGAUGUAAAUGAAACUUUUUGCUGAUUAAGACACCCCCCCCCCCAACACACAAAUUUUUCACUGCUAUCCCUGGUCUCAAAGAGAGUAAGAAAUAGAUUGUGAGAGUAGUUCAGUGUUUUUGUGUUGGAAGUUAUUACAAAUGUAAAGGGCACAAAGUGUUUUAGACUCUUGCCAUGUGUUUCUAAGGCCUUUUGUAGUUUCUCGAACUCUACCCCAUUAUUUUAGGCUCCGGUUUAAGCUCCUGUUCCUGGAAAUGCCUUUACACAAGCAAAAGCUCUAUCCAAGGGACUGUGCAUAAGUAUUUGCAUGGCUAGAGAUGGCAUACAUUAGGGCAUGGGCGAAUGCCUUUUUGAAACAUAACUCUCCUCCUGCUUGCUGUUUAGGAGAUGUCAGGCGCAGUUUUUUUGGAAGUAUAUUUUAGUAAUAAAAAAAUUCAAAUGAGCAGUAACAUAUUCAAAGUUAUUUGUGUGCUUUAACAUUCAUUUCUACAAAUGAAGACCAGUUUCCUCCUUGGUCAGUCUGUCACACUUACCAGUGUUCAAUACUAACUUCAUUAAUGUUUUUCAUAGCACAUUAGAGGCACAAAAGAGAAAUGUGGUUUUGCAAAAAGCAUGUUUAAUAGGGGUGUUCAGCGGCUCUGUAUAAGCUAUCACAACUCAAACAGGUGCCUUGCAGGUGCUUUUUCUUGCCUAAGUCAAAUUGUGGUUUUAGCAAGGUGUUCUGAGUUAGAGCAAGGACUCCCUGAAGGCCUUGCUUUUCUCUGUUGAUUCGGGUCACCAAAAAAGCAAACUGAAGCAAAUCAAAAUUGAUAAGGGAAAUGCCCUGUGAAUUGAAGUGCAGGAGAGGAGUAGCUUCUUUUGAUGAACAGAUCUAGCUUUUCAUUGGAGGCAGUUAUUUUACCAGGGCUCUCCAAUUACUGUACAGUGCUUUUGGAUGGAUGUUGACAUAAAUAAUUUGUUCCAUGUGCUUGUUGCAAGUCCGUCCAUUCCCUGGCUUAUUGUUCCAGGCACAUGUGAAACUGUCAAAUGUUUCAUAUAACCAGAACCAUGAGUAAGGCUCUUCUCUUUAUUACACACUGUUCUAUUAUCUUAACAAUUCAAAUAUUGCAUGAACAGGUUGAAAGCCAAAGCAGCUUAAGUGCCAGAUUGUUGGGCCCUGGGUGGUAAUGCUGGAAACAAUACAUGUUGGUUUAUAGGUUCCCUUGUCAAUGGAGUAUCUUGAUUGUUUUGUCAGUGCCUUGUCUCACCUUACGAUGAAAACAAGCAUUGCUAUGACAGUGAGGAUUCCUUGGCCUUGGUGCAGCAGUUUGGUGGUUGCAAGGAUGAAAAGGACUAGCCUCCAGUGUCUGAGAUCCAGCAGGCCUUUUGGUGCAUUGAAUAUGCUUCAGAUGCAUAGUGUGGACCUGCUAACCAGUGAUGAGAGUAGCAUCCCAGGUUAGAUAAGAAUUGCAUCACUCAUAUGAUGAAGAUGGAUGUUCUGCCUUAGUAGCUGAGCGCGGGAUCUUUCUGUAUCCCUGUCAAUUGCAAGAGAUACUUAGCAUUCACAGCCAAGUGCAAAGCAGAGUAAGGACCAGCUUCCAGAAUUCUUAAAACAUUUUAGUUACAGCCUUUAAACGAAUCAUCACCUACUCAUUUUCUUUUCCACCACAUGCUUGCCUCCUUCAAGGCACAGCCAGAGUUCAUGCUCAGUGAGAAGUGGAAGAUGUUGAGUGGCUUUAAAUUACUGAUGUUGCUGCUUGCUCCACCUCUUAUAAGGUAGAAAACAUGGCUGAAAUCCCUUGCUGUCAGGUGCCUGCUAAGUGGGCUGGAUCCAAAUGAAUUCGCUGCUGUGACUGCACAUUGUCUUUUGUUUUGUUUUGCUUUGUUCCCUUACAGAGUUGCCCUUGCAGGUUUUUAUGUCAAGAAAAUACUUUCUGUGAAUAUGGCAAAUUGUUUCUACCACAAAGAUCCCCCCCCCCAGCAGAGCUUGUUAGCUUCGAAGCUCAUUCUUGACUCUGACAGAAUUAGGUACAACUUGACAAAAUCAUUGGAGGUGACUUGGUUCAUCUUAACAGCAAGCACUUUUUUUUCUUCUGGGAAAAUACAAUGUUUCAGUGAUAUUAGCAAAUUCCGUAGUUCAGGACAGCAGUAUUUUGGGACAGCAAAAUAUCUUCUUGCAAGUGGGCCCUCUGCAAGAUUUCGGGGGGGGGGCACUCAGAUUUGGGUGGGAAUAACCAAAAACCCAGAACAUGUCAUUGUGGGUGACUAGCUGUCUUGGUCUAGACUAGUACCCAUCAAUCAAAAAGCACAUGUCUGGAACCUGUAAUAGUUUUAUUAAAAGACUGCAGAUCUUCUCAUCAAUUGAUGGUGUGUACCAUCUGUAUUCUUGCAGGCCCCGAAACCUUCCCUCCAUUUUUAUUUCCCAGAGCAGUAGUCUGUAGAUGCAUGCGCUAUUCCAAUGAUCUUGGUGCUCUGCAUCGCUUCUGUUACUAAUAACAUAUAUCAAAAACAAGCCCAGUUCCUCCAUUUGUUGACUUCCUUAGAUUGCUUGCUUAAAAGAGGAAAUACUGGUUCAUAUAACACUAAACCAUCCACAUUUUUGGAUGACUUAGGCUGCAUAUGCACCAUAGAUUUAAAACACAUUGCUUCUUAAAGGAAUCCUGGGAACUGUAGCUUUGUGAAGGAUAAACUAUAGUUCCCAGGAGAAGGGGGUGGGGCAAAUGUACUUUAAAUGUAUGGUUUGUAUGUAGCCCUAGUAGCUUGCAUGCUCCUCUCUCCCUGAGCCAUGCUUGCUUUUAGUUUCAAAUAAUCUUGGUGUAGUGAGUCCUGGUUAGCAACAAACAGUGGUUACAGUAGUUGCUAGCCAAGCCAGCUUCAUGCCAUAAAGGUAUGGGUAAUCAAGCAGCCUUGUUUAGCAACUAACCAUUGCUUGUUUUAAACCAGGAUUCCUGGCUCGGGCAUAAGUAGCAGUGUGGGAUAGGAGCAUGUACUUCAGUUAGGCUUGCUGAGGCUCAUUAAUGUGAUGCUCAGCUUUGGUUUAGUAUAACAACAACAACAACAACAACAACAACAACAACAACAACAACAAUAUAUUACUUUUACCCUUCCCAUCUGGCUGGGUCUCCCCAGCCACUCUGGGUGGCUUCCAACAGGAGAUUAAAAACACAUCUAGUGUUAGAUCUGAACCAGAAAGUUUUACAGCUUAAACAACAUGGUGUGUGUUUAUCCAAUUACAGUAAUACCUUGGUUUAAGAAGAGUCCGGUUUAAGAACGAUUUGGUUAACAAACUCUGCAAAACUGGAAAUAGUGUCUUGGUUUGAGAACUUUACCAUGGUCUAAGAGCGGAAUCCGAACGGUGGAAGGGCACCGGCGGCAGGAAAGCGCGCCUCAGUUUAAGAAUGGUUUUGGUUUAAGAACGGACUUCUGGAACGGAUUAAGUUUGUAAACCGAGGUACCACUGUACUGGUUGUUAUUAUCAACAAGUUACUAGCAGGCCAGUGUUUCUCAGACUUUUUGAGCUCGGUCCCACCCUUCUAAGCUUGAUUUAACAUCUAGCUUCCCCAACCCAGUAGCAAUAAUUUGUUCUACACAUAAGCAUGUUGUGUGCAUUCAGCCUGCUGCUAUGUGCAAGGAUCUAUGGGUGGGCUCAUGAAUCCAACAUUGGCAUUAGAAAAAGAAUAGGACAGAGCAUCUCUGAUCCCUCCUAAAUCACACAUAGGGAAAUGCCAUUAGUACAAAGCAGAUGCACUUUGCAAAAUGUAUUGGGAUGGGUCAGACUUCUAGAUCCAACAUGAAUCACGGAGGACUCUCUGUCAGGGGGCAUUUAACCCAGCUAAAUCUUGGUGGCUGUUGGGAAGAAGGCUGCACCUGUCUCAGAGUCGGAUCCCUCCCUGGAACUUCAUAGAAUCCACUCCAAGUGUUCUGUGCCUCCCAGGAAGGCAUAGUGCAGUUGGUGAUCCACUAAGAAUAGUUUAUUACCAAAUAUGAUUCAUAGUCUGCUGUUUUCCUUUAUGCUGAAUUAAUUCAUUUCCUAUUUAUUCUUUUGGGCAACUUUUAGCAUAUGUCUCCACAUGUAUGCGUGAAAAACCGGUUCCUCUUUUAAAAGUUGCUAUUACGGUAAGCAUGUAUUUGACUGCUCGUAACAGGAAAAGCAUCAAAAAUAUAUAUAUAUAUAUAUAUAUAUAUAUAUAUAUAUAUAUUGCAAUCCUCUUUAUAACCAAGUGGGUUAAAGCUUCCUUCCUGGUUACUAGAGCACUUCCUUUGCAUCUGCUUAUGAAGACAAACAAGAAAAGCGGAACAGCCUACACAAACUACUCUUCAUGUUGUGAAUGAUUGUCAUUUUAAAGCAGCCAGACUUAAAAUCUGUACAGAUGAGUCUUUUCCAGGAGCUCAGUUUCUGCUUUUCAAUUGGGGGUAAUGUUUUGUUAAAUGUUGCGUCCGUGUUUUAAAAUGGUGUUUCCUAUCAGCUGGCUCUUAGAAAACUAAGAAUGCUGUUCAGUAAUUUAUGCCAUCCCAAUUUGGGUUGGUUGUGUUCCCAUCUUUCUUUUGAAAGCUUUCUGGGGAGUUAAAGUCGGGGAAGGGGUUACCGACAGGUAGGUUUGUGCAUUUAAAAUCCAUUCUGAAAAAAAUGCUAUUGUUGAGCAACACAGUUCUAUAUAAGAAGGGGAAACUAAACCAGGGAUAGUCUAGGUUGGUUAACUUUCAUUUCAUUUGAUGUAGCAGAAUUGAAACAGUAAGGACAUUAGCAGAUAAGGUGAAAGACAGAAUGUACUUGAGACAAACGGGGGGCGGAAAUCAAACCUUCUCUGCUUCUGAGCUCCAAGAAGGCAUGUUUGGCUGCUCCUUGAAAAUAAUAUACUGGACUAGAUGGUUUUAGGUCUGAUCUUAACUAUGUUGUUGUUGUUGUUGUUGUUUUAAAACCCACUUUCCUGUGCUUUUCGAUCUUCUGUGGAGUCUUUUUACCUCUCUUUGACAAGCUGUGUUACUGUUUUGACAAUGUUUGUGUUUUAUUGUAAAUGUAGUAAAUAUAGAGAGAUAUACAUGGGACAGCUAAAUUAUUAAGUACAUACUUUCUGAUCUGCAUACUGAUUCAAUUAGUGAGUAAAGGCAUUGUUAAAUAUUAUUGUUAUCCAGGAACACGAGACUGAUAAUUCAAGAGUGCUUCUAGGGUUUUAGCAUAUCUAGGAAAGGUUGCCAACUUAAAUAUUUGGAAAGGUUGUGCUUAAUUUCCUAUUAAAGAAAACUGACAUAAAUUGUGGUGUUGAUGGGAUGGGAAAGAAUAUUAACAUCUCUUAUGCAGGGCUGUAAAAAUAUUUUGAGUUCCCAGGCUUCAGCUUUAGUAUUUUAGGAGCCAGAAUAAAAACUGUGUGGCUGAGCACAACCAAACCCUGGGGAUUUUUUUUUUUAAACUUUGGGUAAUUAUCACAAUAGCCUAGCAAACAUUAUUUGAGUGAAUGGCAUGCGACUUAUAAUUUAACGUUAUUAUAAUGGGCAUUUUUGGGUGCUUUUUUGAGUGCUUACUGUGUUUUAUUUAAGAACCAACCAAGCAGAAAGUCUAAAUUUUUUAAAAAAAUGAUAACUGAAGCUGCUGAAUAGCAGAGAAAAUGGUUCCAAGAUGAAGUUCUAUUCCUGAAGCUAAGCAGGUUUUGGCCUGGUCAAUAUCUGGAUGAGUAUCCUGUUCUUCCGUUGUUUACACAGUCUUUCCCUUGAUCUGGAAUUUCUGUUUUAGUUGCUGUGUGGUGUUGUUAAUGAGUUUGCUUUACUGUAUAUUUUAACAAUUUAAAUGUUUCUGUAACUUGCAUUUAUACUUUGCAAAUGGCUUAGAAGCCUACAUAUGAGUUUGUUGAUGAUAUAAAUGAAAUAGAAAGCAUUCACUCAACCAAGAAAGAAUCUUUAACCUUGAGGUUUAGGGUUCACAGACUCAAAUCUGAAGUUUGAAGAUCAGUGUAGUGUUGUGGUACAAUCUGAAAGCUUUUCCAUAUGUCAUCUGCUGCCGUUAUGAGGCAAUAGAUUAUAUAUAAAAACCCUACUUUGAGUUGGAUCUAGACAUGCCCUUCUGCAAAUUAAAGAGCUCCUUUCAUUGACAGAAGGGAUUCUGAUCCAGUAGAUCAGUGGUUUCCAAAGUAGGUGGGGGGCAGUGGGAUUACCAGGCACUAGGAAGCAAGUGUGUGUGUGCUGUAAGUAAAAAUGACUAUCAGACUUUGAAGAGCUGGUUUCACUGGUUUAAAUUCAAUUUUGUUGGAUAAAAUAAAUAUAAAAUUCCACUGGAUUUUCAAUAAAUGUAAAAUUAAUGUUUACUGUUUGAAUUUUAUUGGGUUAUUAUCUUCCUCGGGGGGAGGGUGUUCAAACUGCUGUUUGGAAUAAUGGUUUUCAUAGGAAAUUUCAUAGGACAGGGGGCAUUGAACCAAGGGGGUGGUGGUCCAAAAAAAGAUUGGGACUCCAGUAGAGGCUCCUCUUUAGCUGCCCCUUUCACCAGGGGGCAAAACAAAGACCCAGUUUGGCACUCCCCAUGCACAUUCGCGUACACACAGGCUGGGAACCUCAAUGGCACCUCUCUGGAGUCUUAAUCUGGGGCAGAAAACCUGGCUAGCCCCCACCCCACCUUGUACUACUCCCACCCUAUCCCAGAUGGUACCCCACCCUCUGAUAUGCUUUCCGAAGGGCAUGGGGUGGCUGCAGGGGAAGGUGAAAUCAGGAAGAGUUGUGUCCUCUGCUGCUAAGAGGAGAAAUCCAUUACAGUGGUACCUCGCAAGACGAAUGCCUCGCAAGACGAAAAACGCGCAAGACGAAAGAGUUUUCCGUUAUUUGAGUCGUUCCAUAAGACGAAUUUCCCUAUGGGCUUGCUUCGCAAGACAAAACGUCUUGCGAGUUCUUGCGAGUUUGUUUCCUUUUUCUUAAAGCCGCUAAGCCGUUAAUAGCCGCUAAGCCGCUAAGCCGCUAAUAGCUGUGCUCCGCAAGACGAAGAGACUCGCGGAACAGAUUAAUUUCGUCUUGCGAGGCACCACUGUAGUGGAACUCCACUUGUGAUUAGUGCGGAUACAACCCAUUCUAUCCAGCCUUUUUGGCUGGGUUGCAUCCAAUUUUUCCUGAACUUAAGCUGUUUUAAAUACUAUUGAAGGCACUCAAAGGCACUUAAAAAUGCUUUAACUUUGGCUGGCUCAUGUCUGCUGUCAUUUAUGUAAACCUGAUGGUGAUGAUUGAAUUCAAUGAAAAUGCAGCAGAAAAAAAUUAACUGAAAAUUAAGCAGAACUAUGCUGAUAACGGGACGCGGGUGGCGCUGUGGGUUAAACCACAGAGCCUAGGACUUGCCUAUCAGAAGGUCGGCAGUUCGAAUCCCCGCGACGGGGUGAGCUCCCGUUACUCAGUCCCAGCUCCUGCCAACCUAGCAGUUCAAAAACAUGUCAAAGUGCAAGUAGAGAAAUAGGUACCGCUCUAGUGGGAAGGUAAACGGCGUUUCCAUGCGCUGCUCUGGUUCGCCAGAAGCGGCUUAGUCUUGGUGGCCACAUGACCCGGAAGCUGUACGCCGGCUCCCUCGGCCAAUAAAGCGAGAUGAGCGCCGCAACCCCAGAGUCGAUCACGACUGGACUUAAUGGUCAGGGGUCCCUUUACCUUUACCUUUUUAUGCUGAUAACAAAAGACUAAAAAUGACCUGCUCUUUUCUCUCGUGUUCCUAGUCUUCCUGUGGUAUGGAGUUGGUGAGCAGUGAAGAACCUGUUGUUAUGAGAGACGACAACAAACGAAGAAGGAGAAGGAUGAAGCCACACUCCACAGCAAGCAACUUGUCUUCAACUGAAUUGAUAUCCAUUGAGUUCAUUCUCCCUACAAGCAACAUGCUAAUAGAUAUAGCCAGCAACUGUACAGUAGAGCAGAUGAAAGCACAAGUUUGGAUGCGAGCAAUAGAGAGGAACCAGACCUCGGAUUUCUACCAUAAAUUCACUCCAGAUCAAUUUGUUCUUCAGUACCAAAAGAAGGGACAGUGGUAUGAAAUUUAUGACAAACAUCAAAUAAUACAGACACUUGACUGUAUAUUGUAUUGGAAAGUGCUACAGAAGAAAGUGGGCAAAAUUCAUGUGAUCCAAAAGCAGAAGCCCACAGAGGACGUUCAGAAGUUUCAAAAGCAACUCAAUUAUUUGAUUGGCUAUGAUGUUACUGAUGUCAGUAAUGUUCACGAUGACGAGCUGGAAUUUGCUCGACGCAGGUUAGUCACUCCACGGACAAUUGAAGUAACCUGCAGAGAUCCAAAAUUGUAUUCAAUGCACCCUUGGAUUACAUCCAAACCACUCCCAGACUACUUGCUUAGUAAAAUUGUCAAUAAUAAUAUUUUAAUAAAUAUACACAGAGGAACAACUAGCCAAAAGAUUAAAGUACCUAUUGAGGACAGUCCAGAUCUCAUCCUUCAGAGUUUUUUCACCAAAAUGGCAAAGAAGAAAUCUUUGAUGAAUAUUCCUGAAGAUUACAGCGAGCUGAACUUUGUUCUGAGGGUGAGUGGCAGGGAUGAGUACAUUGUAGGAGACACACCUCUCAAAAACUUCCACUGGAUAAGGCAGUGCCUCAAGAAUGAGGAUGAAAUUCACCUGGUCCUGGAUGAGCCACCUGACCCAAACCAGGAUGAGGUGCAAAAAGAGGAGUGGCCCUUAGUGGAUGACUGCACUGGAGUGUCAGGAUACCAUGAACAGCUGACAAUAGAUGGCAAGGAUCAUGAGAGAGUAUUCACUAUAUCAUUGUGGGAUUGCAACAGGAAAUUCAGGGUCAAAAUAAUUGGCAUUGAUAUCCCUGUGCUUCCAAGAAACACAGACCUUACUGUAUUUGUUGAGGCUAAUAUUCAACAUGGCCAGCAGCUCCUUUCACAGAAAAGAACUACAGCUAAACCAUUUACUGAAGAAGUCCUGUGGAAUACUUGGCUUGAGUUUGAUAUUAAGAUUAAAGACUUGCCCAAAGGGGCACUUCUGACCCUGCAGGUAUAUUGUGGCAAAGCACCAGCUUCGUCUGCAAAGGCUAACCUCCAUUUGCAUGAUUCCCCAAGUUCUGACGCUAAAUGCAAAACCCAGCUUCUCUAUUAUGUAAACAUUUUGUUGAUAGACCACCGGUCCCUGCUCCGGACUGGUGACUACGUGCUUCAUAUGUGGAAAUUUCCAGGCAAAGGGGAAGAGCAGGGAAGUAUAAAUGCUGAUAAGCUUACUUCAGCCACAAAUCCAGAUAAGGACAAUUCCAUGGCUGUCUCCAUUGUCCUGGACAAAUACUGCCACCCCAUAGCCUUGCCCAAGCACAAGAUAGCAUCUGAUCCACAAGCGGACAGGGCCAGAGCUGAAAUGCCCAACCAACUGCGCAAACAGCUUGAAGAGAUCAUAGCCACUGACCUGCUUAAUCCACUUACCCCUGAAGACAAAGAGUUACUGUGGCAUUUCCGAUAUGAAAGUAUAAAGCACCCAAAGGCAUACCCUAAGCUGCUUAGCUCUGUGAAAUGGGGACAGCAAGAAAUAGUAGCUGAAACAUACCAGUUAUUAUCCAAGAGAGAUGCUUGGGAUCAAAGCACCUUGGAUGUUGGAUUGACACUGCAACUUCUAGACUGCAACUUUUCCGAUGAAAACGUGAGAGCAAUGGCGGUGCAAAAACUGGAGGGUUUAGAAGAUGAUGAUGUUCUUCAUUAUCUCUUGCAGCUAGUUCAGGUAUGAUGGAUAUUCAUUCCAUUUUUUCUUUUCUUUUUAAGGGAACAUGAAAAGCUUUGGGCAGCAUGAUGGGCAUACAUCUAUUGCCUGGUGCAUCUGAAUGUGUGAACUUAUCAGAUUGCCUUUCAGGUCCCACUCAGUUGGAAUGAGGAAUCUUUUUCAGCUUGAGGUGCACAUUCUGUUCUGAACAACCUUCCAGGGGGGACAUGCCAAGGGUGGGUGGGGCCAGAAGCAAAAGUGGGUGGAGCAGUUAAUGUAAAUUUCACCUUUAUACAGGCUACUUUCCACACACACUCAAGCAAGAAGCAUUAUCAGGGUUCAGUGACACAUUUCAUCCAGGCAGAAAUGCUCAGGUUGACUCCUGGAGUUGACGUUCUCCGGUACUAAGUGAUAUGACUUAUCUCAUGUCUGUUGUGUCCAUUCAGAAGUGCAAGUUUCCAAUUGAUUUUGCAGCCAUCCAUUGCUCUGCAUAAAUGUAUGGAGUAGUCAAUAUAUCCAAAGUUCUCUUUUUAACCACAGAUUCUUUGCCUGUGUAAGAGUACUAGAACAGCAUUCUAAACAACCAGUGUGCUUUUGUAUACCUUCAUCCCCUAUAGGAUUCUUGUUUUGCUGCUGGCUUUUCUUUGUAUGUCAACCACCUUGGUAUAUCUUCUUGAAAUGAAAGGAAGUAUAUCAGUUGUUUUAAUAAUUCCCAAGGGCAUAAUUUAAAGGGGGGAAAUGCUAGCUUGUGUUUAGGUCAAAGUAGCCUGUGUUGCGCUGAAAAAUUACAAUUCCUCUUGUCAGCUGACAAAUGUACCCUUGGUGAAAAUGCCCCAAUGUGGUAAAAUUGCAUGUUACAUCUUAAAAUGAAAUGUGUUUCAGAACACAGCAGCUUCCUGACUUGUCUCUGUGCACACAUUUGCAAGGUUCUUUUAACACAAGAACCCUGUGGAGAAAAGUAAUUUUGUGUUAGUUUAUUAUCCUCAAAAAGUAGUCACAUGAAUUUGUCUAUUAUCAGGGCUUUGGAGAUUAUGAAUUUGAUGGACCAAGUGGCUCUUUACUCUCCUAUUAUAAAAGGCAGAAUGGUGAGGAGUGGGUUUGCAGUAAGAAGUAGAUUAACCCCUGCAAUUGCUCAUAUCACGUGGUCUUGUAACUUUUAUUGGCAAAUGAAGUUGCUCGAUCAUAAGAAAAUGAUGAAAAUGCUUUUGAAUUUGGUGAGAAUUCUACUUUUGACAUAAUCCUGUCUAACACCCCCCUCCCCAAUAUUUCAUUUAGGCUGCAAUCCUAACCCCACUUACCUGGGAGUAAAGCCUGUUGAGUUCAAUAGGACCUCCACAGUGGUGAACAACAGAUCAAAAUGCAGUAGGAUAAGAACACAUCCAAAUUUACUAAACCAAGACAACAAUCCAUCAGUCAAAACAGCAGGAUCGUGAAAUUGGGGAACUCAUCAAUUUCUCAUCAGUUGUGAUAAAAAGGGAGAGUCAAGCCAGAAGAAUAUCAUAUUUUUUUAUGGCGUUACAAGCUUGGUAGAUCAGGGGAAUGCUGUGGACAUAGUGUAUCUUGAUUUCAAUAAGGCUUUUGACAAAGUCCCCCCUGAUAUUCUUGUGAGAAAGCUGGUUAAAUGUGGGUUGAAUGAGAUAACUGUUAGUUGGAUUUGUAGCUAGUUGACUGACUGAACCCAAAGAGUACUCAUUAAUGGUUCCUCCUCAUCCUGGAAAAAAGUGAAAAGGGAGGCACUGCACGGUUGUCCUGGGCCUCUUGUUGUUCAACGUCUUUAUAAACGACUUGAAUGAAUGAAUUGAGGAGAUGCUAAUUAAAUUUGCAGAUGACACCAAACUGGGAGGGGUAGCUAAUGCUGCAGAAGACAGAAUCAGAAUUCAGUAUGACCUUAACAGAGACUUGGACCUAAACUAACAAAAUGAAAUUCAAUAGGGACAAAUGUAAGGUUCUGCACUUAGGCAGAAUAUAAGAUGUGUGACACCUGGCUGACUAGUAGUAUAUGUGAAAAGGAUCUAGGGGUCUUAGUGGAUCACAAGCUUAACAUGAGUCAUCAUGAGAGGUACUGUAUAGUGUCCAGAUCAAGGGAAGUAAUAGUACCACUUUAUUUUGCGUUUGUCAGACCACACAUGGAAUACUGUGUCCAGUUCUGAGUGCCACAAUUUAAGAAAGAUGUUGACAAGCGGGAACGUGUGCAGAGGAGGGCAACCAAGAUGAUCAAGGGUCUGGAAACCAAGCUUUAUGAAGAAUAUUUGAGGGAGUUGGGUAUCUUUAGCCUAGAAAAGAGGAGGCUAAAAGGAGAUAUGAUAGCCAACUUUGAUUAUCUGAAGGGCUGUCACAUGGAAGAGGGAGCAAGCUUGUUUUCUCCUGCUCUAGAGGGUAGGACUCGAACCAACGGCUUCAAGUCACAAGAAGGGAGAUUCUGACUAAAUGUCAGGAAGAACUUUCUGACAGUAAGAGCUGUUUGACUGUGGAACGAACUCCCUCAGGAGGUUGUGGACUGGCCUUCCUUGGAGGUUUUUAAGCAGAGGUUGGAUGGCCGUCUGUCAUGGAUACUUUAGCUGAGAUUCCUGCAUGGCAAGGGGUUGGACUAGAUGACCAUAGGGGGCCCUUCCAGCUCUACAAUGCUAUGAUUAGCUCCCCCCACAGCUCAUGGGACAAAUUUGACAGGGUGUGGAGCUGGACCUGUCAAUCACCUGAAGACACAUUGACACCAGGUGAUUUUUUAUUUUUGCCUGCCCCUUUCAAAGCACUGCCUUGCCCAGUGCUUUGUCAACCUGCAAACUUGCUUUUAUCUGUCCCACAGUUCAGGUGUAGGGCAUCUUGGCUGAAAGCAACUAAAACAUCAUUAUUUGCUCUGGCAUUUCCAGGAUGUUAGUUAUUGACAAGGUACUAAGCUGUAGCUUUGCUAGAGCUUUAAGAAGUGGUCGUUUUACUUUCAUAUUUUUAUCUGCUCUUGUUCUGUCUUGCCACACUUAGUAAAGGGAAGAUGGAUUCUGAGUCAAAAUGGUCUGCAUGUUUAACUUUCUGAUUGUGUCUUUAAAAAUUAAAGCAUAAUCAAACCCAUAAACAAAUUGUAUGUGUGUGUAUUCUAUCCUGAUGUGCACCCCACCCCUGGUUACGGUCACCUUAAUAAUCUUACAUUGUAUUUGACAUUAAUGGUAUGUAGACCAAAAAAACGGGAACUGGAAAUAAAAGAUGUCUUUGUCUCACAUACUGCACAGAAAUUAAAUGAAAUCAAUCUCCACUUACUUUUGUUAUCUGUUUUUCAGGCUGUGAAAUUUGAGCCUUAUCAUGACAGUGCAUUAGCCCGAUUUCUUCUAAAACGAGGCUUAAGGGUAAGUAUUCUAAACUCCUUCAAGAAAAUGAAAUGUACAAAUACCGCCAGAAUUAAGACUUUUUAAUUGAGAAGAUAAUCUCAUCUUUUAAUACGUUCUCUUCCUCCCACUCAAUAGAACAAAAGAAUAGGACACUUUUUGUUUUGGUUUUUGAGAAGUGAGAUUGCACAGUCCAUGCACUAUCAGCAAAGGUUUGCUGUGAUCCUGGAAGCUUAUCUGAGAGGCUGUGGGAAAGCCAUGCUGCAAGACUUCAUGAAGCAGGUUCAAGUAACUGAGCUGUUGCAUAAAGUGACAAUGGACAUGAAGUCAGUUUCUGCGGAAAAGCACGACGUCACACCUCAAGGUACGUGCAGAUCUUCUAAGCACAAUCUCACCUGUAUGUUAAGCUUUUAUUGUGUGUAAUGCAGGGAUAGGGAAGCUGUGGCCUUUUGAUUUUUCCUGAACUACAAAUCCCAUCAUCCGUUGCUAUUUGACUAGGCGCUUGGGGGCUGAUAGGAGGUAGAGUCUCAACAAGUUCAGGAGGGCCACCGGCACCGUACCUCUGGUGUAAUGAAAGGUAACUCGCAAAAUUCUGUGGUGCCUUUGCAUCCUUGGUAGGCAGUGCAAAAUGGAAAGUUGCAAAUGGUUCACUUUUUGUUUUUAUACGGCUUACAAAGACCAUUUCCCCCCAACCGAGUGUUUCAUUCACCUGCUAUUUUCAGAACUUUUUAUGGUCUGCUCUUUUUAUUUUUUAUAUUUUUUUAAAAUAAUAUUUAUUAAGAUUUGAAAGGUUACAAAAGGGAAAAAGGAAAAAUAGAAAACAGCAUAUUAAGCAAAAACAGAACAUCACAUCACAAUACAGAAAAGAAGAAGAAAAAACCACAACAACAACAAUAACAAAAAAAUAAAAAAUAAAAAAUGCAAUGAAUCUUCCCAUAACUUAUCUUUCAUUUACUUAUUUCCUUGACCUCCUCACACCUCCCUUUUUUGUAUUCUAGUUCAGUUAGCUAUUUCAGCAAAUCCUUUCCAUCUUUUCCAGUUUUUGUCCUAUAUUUUAUCUUAAUAUAAUGUAACUUUACUUUCCCUCCUUUCACCAUUUAAGAAUCUAUUUUUUCUUAAUCCUCUAUAGCAUUUCUGCUAAAACCACAUUACUUCAUUCCAACAUCCAUCUAACAUUCCUUAAUUUUACAAUGUUUCUGUAAAUAAACUUUAAAUUUCUUCCAAUCUUCUUCCACCGACUCUUCUCCCUGGUCUCGGAUUCUGCCAGUCAUUUCCGCCAGUUCCAUAUAGUCCAUCACCUUCAUCUGCCAUUCUUCCGGGGUGGGUAGAUCUUGUGUCUUCUAUGGCCUGCUCUUUUUAAACCAUUGCAUUUUUACUGAUGGUUUAGUGCUGCCAUUCUAGUGUUGUCUGUGAAAUGAUGUUUUGAAACGAUGUAUGUUGUUUAUUUGCAUUUUGUUCUCUUGGAUGUUUCUUUGGUUGUUUUAACAAAAAAGCAGGAUUAAGAGAGUAACAAUAAUAACAGCCCCCCCCCCCAUUUUGAGUAGCAUCUUUGUUAGCAAUUUCAAUUCAGAUGAGAUGCUAAUACUCUGGAGUCCGCCACAAUAAGUGUUCAAUCUUGAUUAUGACUCCAUAAGCCAGGCAUGUCCAAAGUCCGUUUCAGGGGCCUAAUCUGGCCCGCUGGUCAGUUUAAUAUGGCCCCCGUGGCAGUUUAUUUCCUAGGGUAAAAUCUUCAACUUCAAUCCAAAAGAAGCUCAACAACUCCAACCCUAAAAAAAGUUAGUUCAGCAACUUCAAUCCUAAAAAAAGCUCAAGAACUUUGGUCGGCCCUUUGUUCGGCCCCCACGGCUCUUCACUACAUCAAAUCUGGCCCACUUUGAAAAAAGUUUGGACACCUCUGCCAUAAACAGUAGUGGGGAUCCUCCUGCCCAUGGGUCUAAAUUAGACCCCCCCCCAAAUCACCCUAUUUGUCCCGUGUGGUCAUUUUGGUCAACCCAUGAUGACCAGUUGUGCUACUAAUUUGGCUAAACCAAAAAAGAGAAAAAAGCUGCAACUGCCUUCAAAACCCAGGCCUUGUAUAGAGCUCUGUGUAUUGCUUUGAAGUCCCGUCGACCAGCUGAUUGUUGGGGCUUCAAAGCACCGCACACAUCUCUAUGCAAGCACUGAUAAUAAAUUGAUAGUUGAAAUUUUCAAGAGCUCUGCACAGCCGGCUUGCACCCACUUUGUUUAAUUUCAGACUGUAUGGGACCAAGUUUGUUUCAGACUUUCAGAUUCUGCUUAAUUAUUUGCAACUCUAAACAUUGUACAUAAAGCAAUCCACACAAAAUCCUACAGUAAAACGAUAAAAAAUGAUCAUAAAAUGGAUGCUUAAAAUGCCUGCUGGAACAAUAAAGUCUUAGUCCUAUGCCUGAAAUUUAGCCUGUUUAAUCUCAGUUGGGAGGGAGUUCUGCACAAUGCACAGCUUUCAGUGGGUGACAUUAGGUGAUGGAUUGGUGAGUGGUCCUGCUCAGUAGUCAGUGUUGGCCCAUGAAGAGAUGAAGUUCUAUCACUUUAGCUGGAUCUGAUUCUCCAGCACUGCCGGAAAAGUUCUAAUUAACCUUAAGAUUGGAGGCAAACACAUCUCCCAUUGGUACAGACUUUUUUUAUCCACUUCUGGUUAAGAUGUAGGCUGGCUGAGUAUCAUGGGACUAGCAAUCUCUAGUCCAAGUUGCUGUCCACUAUCUCCUGACUAUUAGUUUCUGACUGCAGACCUUUUUUUUUUUUUGAAUGGUCACUCUUCAGUAAUCGCACAGCUCAAACAGAAACUUGAGAAACUACAGGACAGCAAGUUUCCCGAAUGCUUUAGAGUUCCAUAUGACCCUGGUCUGAAAGCAGGAGCACUUGUGGUAAAUAUUAUUUUCUCAAAUAAUGAACCUGGGUGGUUGAGUUGUGAACAGGAUUGGAGAAAAAAGUAGGGUCCCUGAGAAGCAAGAAGGGAAGGUAUCAGCAUGUUCAGGUGAACCCUAGGAUAUGCAGACGUACAUUUGGUUUUUUUAAAAAAUCCCAAAGAUGUAAACAAAUGAAUGAAUAAACUGCUUAGUGAGGACUGAGCAUGCUCAGUUGUCUCCAGGAGUCAUGGAAUGUUGAGAGCCAGCUGGAAAAUAAAACUGGGAGAGAGUAGAGCAGGGAUGCUAGUCCUUUUCGCAGUGCCCAAGGGCUACAUUCAAAAUUAGCUAACACUUUUGAGGGCUGCAUCUCUCUAUGGCGCCCUUCCCCCAACACACUUCCACCCUCCCCUUCAGCAAGUUAAUGGUAAGAGCAAUUUCUCCAUUAAUUUGCAUGGAGACAAGAGGAAGGUUUAGGGAAAUUUUUAAUGUUUUAUGCUGUAUUGUGUUUUUAACAUUCGGUUGGGAGCCACCCAGAGUGGCAGGGGAAACCCAGCCAGAUGGGCAGGGUAUAAAUAAUAAUAAUAAAUAAUAAUAAUAAUAAUAAUAAUAAUUAUUAUUAUUAUUAUUAUAUAGCCCUGAAAAUGGGGAGGGGAGCAAAUCCUCCAACAGGGACCUUGGGCUAUGUGUGAAACACCCACCCACACCAAUAUAAUUUUGGCAGAUAAUUUUAAAGACAGUUUUUUACAUUUAUGAACUCUGGGGGUAUAUCCACUAUUUCAAAACGGCUGUUAGAUUUGUUAAUCUUUGGACAUUGGUUCUGGCUGUAGGAAAUAUAUGAAUGUGUAUCUUGCAGAUAGAAAAGUGUAAAGUAAUGGCAUCCAAGAAAAAACCGCUUUGGCUAGAAUUCAAAUGUGCAGAUCCCACGUCCUUAUCCAAUGAAACGAUUGGCAUCAUCUUCAAACAUGGAGAUGACCUACGACAGGACAUGCUUAUUUUACAGGUAUUAUCUGCAUUAUGUUGUGCUGUGAAUUUGCAGGGGAGGAGGUAGGCCUGUACGCAAGAUCCUUCUAACCACUGGGUCCAGCAAGUGUUUAAAAUAUAAGCCAGGCUAAUUUCCUGAUUGCCUGGGUGAUGGGCCAUUAAGAGAACAAAGGAAAGGGAACUCUCUGCGAGAAAACAGACUGAUGGGCCCCCCCCUCCAGCUUGCAGUUAGGGUUAGGGUUAGACAAAGCCAGAGUUUAGAGUUUGCAUUGGUGUGACCUAGAAGUAAAGCAGCAAGCGGGACAGAGAGUCAGAGCAACAUUUGAGAGCAAUGUUUGAUUUCUGUUUGAAUCCAAUGUUGCAGCUAUGGGAGAAACAAGACCCUUUUAGGGUGUUAAUGCUGUGAACCGCUUCAUUGCUGGCUCAGGUUGUAUAGAUGUCAUUUUUUGGUCAUUUUUUUACCACAGUUUAAUGCCUUAAAUCAUUGUUUCCAGACAUUUGAGACUGGGUACAUAAUAAUUACAGUGGUACCUCAGGUUACAUACUCUUCAGGUUACAGACUCCGCUAACCUAGAAAUAGUACCUCAGGUUAAGAACUUUGCUUCAGGAUGAGAACAGAAAUCAUGCUCCGGCGGCGCGGCGGCAGCAGGAGGCCCCAUUAGCUAAAGUGGUGCUUCAGGUUAAGAACAGUUUCAGGUUAAGAACGGACCUCUGGAACGAAUUAAGUACUUAACCUGAGGUACCACUGUACAGGCAUACCUCAGAGAUACUGCAAGUUCGGUUCAUGGGCGUAGCCAGGAUUUUUGUUGCAGAGGCAGGCUUUAUAUGUUAGGAGGGGCAGAACCUCAGUUAGUUAAGUAUUUUAAUUGAUUUUUAUUGAUUGGGGGGAGCUGGCUACGCCCAUGGUUUCGUUCCAGACCACCGCAAUGAAGCGAAUAUCACAAUAAAGCAAGCCACACAAUGUUCUUGGUUUCUCAGUGCAUAUAAAAGUUAUGGUUACAUGGUCUGUUAACCCCUUGGCUACAGGGGCAGGAGGGGGGUGGAAAACCCAACUCCAGUCCCAGCCAGCUCCACUCCUGUGGUCAGAAGAGGUACUGCAGCAGCUCCAAGAACAAUGGGGAAGGAAUCCUAGUUGCAACUGCAGGAUAGCCCAAGUAGUAUUGCUUUCAAGGUGCAGUGUUGAACCCCUUCUCUAUGUUCGAUGAGAAUGCAUAUGGGACUUCCUUAUUCUGACUGGCUUGGAAUGGUGUAGGUUCACCCAGCUUCUGGUUUCAUUUUUACGAGGAAUGUCUCAGCCCUUCACACGAAUCAAUGUCUUAUGCAGAAAGAUGACAAUGAAAUCAGGACAGAAAGAUUUGUAUACAUUUCACAUUUAGCUUUUUAUUCUGAAAUCCUCUGCUUCUCCGUAAGCUUGCCUCUUCUACAAAAUGGAUAUGUCUUAAAUCUUUUUUGUAACAUUAAAACUGCUUCUUAAUAGUUACGAUUAAACAGUGCAAGCCUAACCGUGUCUACUCGGAAACACGUCAAGCUGGGUUCAGUUAGGAAUAGGAUUGCAGCCCAAGUCAAUGUUGUGUCUUUUGCUUUACCAGAUACUUCGAAUCAUGGAGUCCAUCUGGGAGGAAGAAUCCUUGGAUUUAUGUCUGUUGCCAUAUGGGUGCAUUUCUACAGGAAAUAAAAUAGGUAGAGUAUUUAACAAGAUCAAAACCCCACAGAGCUAUCUGGAAUUGGGAUUUUAUUUUUAUUUUUGUGUGGGGUUAUGUUAUACACCAGUCCUACUUGACUUCCCCUUGCACAAAGAGACCCUUAAUCUCAGGGUUGUGUGUUCAAGCCCCACGUUGGGCAAAAGAUUCCUGUAUUGCAGAGGGUUGGACUAGAUGACCCUCAUGGUCCCUUCCAACUCCACAAUUCGAUGAAUACAAUAGCAAGGUUCUAUGAAAGAAGUAUGGAUGGAGACUAUGGUUAAUGCUUUCUCUAGAGUAACUUUGCUGUCGACACUUGCCUUUGUGUAAUUUUUUUCUCUGCUUCAUACGUGCAUCAAAUUCAUGUCCCUUGACCAUCUUUGAAGUAAACUAGAGCAAUGCAUCAAUGAGAGCAAGUUGUGUUUGAUCUGUGUGUGUAUCAAACAUAUUCCUGCUCAUGUACAUUUUUUCAGCUAUUGCUGUCAUCUGUUUUGAAGUUGUUUUUUCUCCCAACGUGGAAGUAGGCAACGACUCUCCUUCCUCCCAUUCUAUUUAAGCUACACUUGGCAGAGUUCCAUCUCUUUUUUGGGGGGGGGGUGUCUUCCGACUGUCCCAAAAUCAGCUGCAUAAGGACUUAUGUUCUUACAUGCAGAUGAAUUAUUCUAAUUUCACAGACAUGCCUGGGUCUUGAACUUUUACUGAUUUUUAUUUUUUAUUUUUAAGAAUCCCUGUUAAUUGCUUGAAUAAAGUAAUGGGGUUUUCUAAGAAGAAGGAAGUUAGAUAUUCUUGUGCCCAGAAUGACUGUAGACUUGAACAUAGCAUUUGGUUCUGUGAACCCAUUACAUGGGGAGCCUGGGGAAAAUCAGCAAAGGCUAAAUCAGACCAAAAUGUUGCAUUUAACACCAACCUUUUUAUUAUGAUUGCACAAACAGUGUGGACACAUAACUGCUGUUGCCAUUGCCAUGACAGGCAAUCUGUAAUAUACUCUGCAAAAAAAUAAAAUUAAAAAAAAAUCAGGUUUGCCUUAUUUUAAGAAUCCUUGCAGGAGAAAUAAAAUAUCCAGUAUGAAAAUACUAGGAGUUUCAAUCCCGGCAUUGAUCAGGAAUUCAAAGAAGAAGAAAUUUCUUUUGAUCAGUUUUGAAUCUGGUUCAAAUCAGUUUUGAAAGGUUUAGUCCGCUAUUUUGAUUCAAAAAGUUAUCCUGUUGAAUUCAAGCACAGGAAGAAACCUUCUCACUGAUCUCAGAAACUAUAAUGCAAAACUUGGUUGCAAUGUCUUAAGAGAUGUCUAAGUGCAUAGAGAAUGGACAAACAGCAUUCUGAAAUAUAUAGUAGAAUAUUAGCAUGCCUUUAAUUUUUAUAGGAAUUAUUGAAAUUGUAAAAGAUGCCACGACGAUAGCCAAAAUCCAGCAAAGCACAGGUGGAAACACAGGAGCCUUUAAGGAUGAAGUAUUAAACCAGUGGCUAAAGGAUAAAUGUGUAAUUGAAGAAAAGGUGAGUUAUUUCUUCUUUUCACUGGUUUAAAAAAAUGUAAUUAUUAUGAGUAAUUAUUUUGAAUUGUUGUAUGUUGUUUUUUAAACUAUUUUUAAAUAGUUAAAGUAAAGGUAAAGGAACCCCUACCAUUAGGUCCAGUCGUGACAGACUCUGGGGUUGCGGCGCUCAUCUCACUUUAUUGGCCGAGGGAGCCAGCGUACAGCUUCCGGGUCAUGUGGCCAGCAUGGCUAAGCCGCUUCUGGCGAAACAGAGCAGCGCACAGAAACUCCAUUUACCUUCCCGCUAGAGCGGUACCUAUUUAUCUACUUGCACUUUGACGUGCUUUCGAACUGCUAGGUUGACAAGAGCAGGGACUUAGCAACGGGAGCUCACCCCAUCACAGGAUUCGAACCGCCAACCUAGGCAAGUCCUAGGCUCUGUGGUUUAACCCACAGCGCCACCCGCGUCCCAUUCUUACAGUAGUUGACACAAUUCCAUUCCUACCAGGAGCACUCAAAGAAACUUUUGGAAGAUCCCAAUACCACUUUUCAGUGAAAUGCCAAUUCUUGUGUGAAGCAGACUGUUCUCUUUACAACCUCACUCUACAUAACUAUGUAUAAAAUUAUUGAUACAAGAAUUGUUACAUUUUAAUACAUUGUACUUGCUUCAGAUAGGUGCCUUUAAAACUUUCCAUUUCAGUCUGACUUGGGACUUGAGGAAAAGCUCCCCAUUUUCGUUCAGCUUGCUUUGAUUAACUUCUCUGUCUUGCUUGUAAAAUGGCCACAACAACAAGCAUACAAAAAUGUUAAGAGGUUGUAUCCAACUCAGUUAUACUCCGAGGAGGCCCACUGUAAUAAAUAGACCUUAGUUAGUCAUGUCCACAGGUGGCGCUGUGGGUUAAAUCACAGAGCCUAGGACUUGCUGAUCAGAAGGUUGGCGGUUCAAAUCCCCGUGACGGGGUGAGCUCCCGUUGCUCGGUCUCAGCUCCUGCCGACCUAGCAGUUCGAAAGCACGUCAAAGUGCAAGUAAAUAAAUAGGUACCGCUCCAGUGGGAAGGUAAACGGCGUUUCUGUGUGCUGCUCUGGUUCGCCAGAAGCGGCUUAGUCAUGCUGGCCACAUGACCUGGAAGCUGUACGCUGGCUCCCUCGGCCAAUAAAGUGAGAUGAGCGCUGCAACCCCAGAGUUGGCCAUGACUGGACCUAAUGGUCAGGGGUCCCUUUACCUUUACCUAGUCACGUCCAUUAAUUUCAACAAGCCUACUCUCCAAACAAUUACUGAUAUUGGAUACAGCCCAUAGUAUUUAUUUGUUGGCCUCCAUCUGUCUUGGGAGACAAUGGAAGAAGGCGCCUUUGGGGAUAAAGUCAAACUGUUGGAGAGGCUAUAGAGGCUGGUAGGGGAGAGACAGGUUUUGUUGCAGGUGGGGCAGCUGAAGGCAUCUGGUUUUGCUUCCACAGCUGCACCAACUCUUUGAAAGCAAAGUUUUGCAUAAGCUGACAUACGGUUGUGAAAAAAGAGCAUUUUAUUCUUUAUAACAGUGAAAUUUUGGCGCUAAAGUUGAUCACGGAAACACAGAAAGCUAUCUUGCAUUGAAUCAGACCAUUUAGCCACCUCGUUCAGUAUUGUCUACCUAGGCAGGCAAUUGCUCUCCUGGACUUCAGACAAGGACUUCAGCAGCCCAAUGUGGAGAUGCUGAGGAGUGAACCUGGAAUCUUCUGCAUGCAAAUCAUGCACUCUGCCUGUGAGCUUUGGCCCUUCGUUACAGCUGCUUUCUUUAAUUUAUUAGUUUCAGGCAGCCGUGGAUAGAUUUGUGUACUCUUGUGCUGGUUACUGCGUGGCAACCUUUGUCCUUGGAAUAGGAGACAGGCACAAUGACAAUAUUAUGAUCACAGAGUCAGGUGAGUGUGUUUUGUUUUUGUUCACACCUGAGUGGCAUCUAUUUCAAUGUAAUUUGAAUGCAAGCCUGCAUUCCAUUGCUACUAUUAAUGUAAGUGAUCUUUACUGUCUACUGUUUACCAUGACCUCAGAAUUAUUAUUCUUACUUUUUAAAAUGCUGCUACAUGCCUUGGAUUAGAGAAGAGGUUAGGUGUUGGUUAAAACCUGCGGGGAAGAACUGGUGACUGGAACGUGGAAUAAACUCUGGGAGAAAAUGAACCUGAAAGUACAAUGUUUGUGUGAAGGCAAUUGCAAGACCGAGACGCGGGUGGCGCUGUGGGUAAAACCUCAGCGCCUAGGACUUGCCGAUCUCAUGGUCGGAGGUUCGAAUCCCCGUUGUUCGGUCCCAGCGCCUGCCAACCUAGCAGUUCGAAAGCACCCCCGGGUGCAAGUAGAUAAAUAGGGACCGCUUACCAGCGGGAAGGUAAACGGCGUUCCGUGUGCUGCGCUGGCUCGCCAGAUGCAGCUUGUCACGCUGGCCACCUGACCCGGAAGUGUCUGCAGACAGCGCUGGCUCCCGGCCUAUAGAGUGAAAUGAGCGCACAACCCUAGAGUCUGGCAAGACUGGCCCGUACGGGCAGGGGUACCUUUACCUUUACCUAAUUGCAAGACCAUCCAUCAUGCGCUCCUCGCCCAUAACUUGGGGUUUGCUUCACAGCUCCCCUAACAGACAGACUUAGCAGCGAGCCAGUCUAAGAUUUCAGCCCUCAGCAGUGGCAGAAUCCAAGCUGCCUGUCUUUUUUCCUUUUAAAAAUCCAUCCUUUGUGUUGCUGAAACGGCAAACCUUUUAAAACAGUUAAACAGUUGCACAACUGCCCUGGGAACUGGGUGAAUGAGGUAUGCUGAUGUUUUGCAUCCUGGAAGUGCUCUUUCCAUAUCUGGCUCCCCUUUCCUGCCACAUUUAAGCUAGCCCUCUCAAAUCCUGCAGAAACAUUUCCCACUCCCAGUCUAGAGCCUAAUCCAGAGAAUAAUGUCUUUUUAGAAAGCUGUAGAUCCAAUAUUGGACCACCACUUUUAGAAUGUUAUGUCUGUCUUUGUCUUUCAUUAUCAGAAAGGAGAGAGACCUGCAAAUUUUCAGUCAUUAGGUUGUAAGAAAAAGUAACCUUUGACAAAGUUAAGAGAGCUAUUUCCAUGGAAAGGUAAGGUCAAUAGAGUUGGGUGGGAGAGAGGCUGAAGAGGGAUGACAGUUUUUGAGUCAUACAAGACGCACUUUUUCAAACUAUAUCCAGGUCAAAAAAGCAUGCGAGAUCGCAAACUAAUUUGCACCUGCAAUGAGGUCUUUUUAAUGAUCACUAAGCAUCAUAUUGAUUUCUCCUUCCAAAGGUAAUCUGUUUCAUAUCGACUUCGGCCAUAUUCUUGGAAAUUACAAGAGCUUCCUUGGAAUUAAUAAGGAAAGAGUUCCUUUUGUAUUAACACCGGAUUUUCUGUUUGUCAUGGGAACCACUGGAAAGAAAAUGAGUCCCCGCUUUCAAAAUUUUCAGGUAUAAAAACAAUAACCCAUGAGUGAACCUUAUAAGAGAAAUGUGCAGUACACCUUAGAUUUGAAUGUUAGCUGCAACAUGUUAUCAUCCAACAUUGCAAAAUAAGUUGACCGAGAUCCCUACAUUUGAAUCUGAAGGAAGGGGAAGAAGAUAGCAGAGGAAGAAUUUUAGGGGGAGGGGCAACAAAUAUAUUUAGCGGCUGCAUGCUUUUUCUAUUCAGCAGUAGACCAUAAUAUUCCUUGAGUUUUUAAAAAGACAACCCAUCUAUUCCCCUGUGGCAAGGCUAACUACCCUUUCCCACAUAUACUUUGUGUGGAGAGAAAUGUUGUACAAUCGAUUCUAGAUCCUGACUAGCAGUACUGUAGGGCUGCAUCCUACGCCACAUUUCUACACAGCCAUAUGCAAAUCUAAAUGUGUACAACAGAAUAGCAUGUACAGAUGCAUGUCCUUGUGUGUUGGGGUUGUCUUCAGAUUCUCCCUGUUUAUGCAUGAGAUAUGUGAAGAGACUCCCUUAUUUAUAUUGGAGCAUUGGGACUCCGCCUACCAACUGAAGCUCUUGAGGCGGCUUGCAAUAUUUUAAAAAUGCAAUAAAAUAGGCAAUGGUGCACUAGUUACGAGAGUGGGAUGAAUAUACAGAUGCAAGAGGUUGCAGGAGCACAGAUAUUAGAAACCUCUCUCCCUAUCCUCUGACGUUCCAUCUGCCACUCUCCCUGCUAAGAAUAGAACUUGGGUGACUGGUGGAGUCUUGAAAAAGCAGUCUCUCCUCCAUUUCUGCAUCCUUUGUCUUGGAAGCACUGAUUGCUUCUGAAACUCUGGGUGCUUCCUUCCCUACUUCCUCAGUCACAAUAGUUGACCCUCAAGUCCUUAGCUGUAAUUGUAUGCACAUGGGGAUUCACAUGCCAGCGGUUGACAUGCUCUGAAUUCCUAGCAGUCUGGAGUUCCAUGGAAGUUUAUUGGGGAUUCCUCACAGAAAGCAUCAGGAAUGUUGGACAAGCUUCCUCGAAAAAGUCUUACAUACUCUUGCUGAUCUCCUCCUUCAAUCUGCAGUUGCAAAUGGAGGGCUGAUUGCAUGCUCCACCCACCCACUCAGCUUCUUCAGGGCAAUAGGGAAACCCAAAAAGUAUGGCUGGCAAAAAGUAUGUGAACAGAACGUGCUCCUUCUAACAUGCCUCUGGGUGCUCUGCAAAGCUCCAGGGUUCCUUGCCAGAUAAAUCCCAUGCAGAAAAAGUUCCAUGAUGGACGGAAGUUAGGUCUGUGGUUUUCAAACCAACCCAGAGCAAUGCAUUUGCAGAAGCACAAAAACAAUCGUGACAAAAUUAGGUGGACUGGACUUUGUGUAUCCUUUCUGGAUCCUCUUUAUCUAUGUAGACUCUGUUCUCCAAAGCAGUGUUCCCCAACCUUGGGCCUCCAGCUGUUUUUGGACUACAGUUCCCAUCAUCCCUGACCACUGGUCUUGCUAGCUAGGGAUUAUGGGAGUUGUAGUCCAAAAACAGCUGGAGGCCCAAGGUUGGGGAACACUGCUCCAAAGUAUCACUACACCCUAGGGCUGCUGUGUGAGAGAGGGUAGAGUCAGUGGGCGUAACAGCCAUUGGAAGUGCUAUUUCACACGUUUAGAUAAGAGGACUGAUUUUGGGUACCGUUUUUUCUGACUAACCACAAGUCGCUUCAUAGCCUGUAGUCAUUUCAAUGAGGUUUGUUUGUUUGUUUGCCUCUAAAGGAUAUCUGUGUGAGGGCUUACCUUGCUCUUCGGCAUCACACAAACCUGCUCAUCAUCCUGUUUUCCAUGAUGCUGAUGACUGGAAUGCCUCAGCUGACUAGCAAAGAAGAUAUUGAGUACAUCCGCGAUGCACUGACGGUUGGCAAAAACGAAGAAGAUGCUAAGAAGUAUUUCCUAGACCAGAUCGAGAUUUGUAGGGAUAAGGGGUGGACUGUGCAGUUCAAUUGGUUUCUGCAUCUUGUGCUUGGAAUCAAACAGGGCGUGGAGAAACAUUCUGCCUAA